AUGACAGAGAAUAGACAACAAGUUUCAGACACUAUAGGACAAUUGAUAAUUAAUUCUUUGUUUCCUGAAGGAAAUGAAAGUCAAACAUCACAAGGGCAUAGUAAUACAUUAAAUGAAGCAUUAUUGGCUUAUAUAAAAAUAACAGAAGAUGGUACUGGAAAUACCGUGACUUCACCUUCUGUCAAUGAUCCUUCAACAGGGAAAGGAAUCAAAGGAGAAGUCAAGAUUAGAUAUUUGUUAGCCUCAAUCAAACGUAGUGGGAAACUUAGUGGGAAACUUUUUCUUCAUAAAUCAAAAAUGAAUAGCAAUGAUACUUUUUCCAUUGGUAGAACUUGGACAUUAGACAAUCUUCGAGCUGUUGAAAUAGUUGAUGCAUAUAAAAAACAUUUUAAACGUCUACCAAAACUAGUCAAUAUCGAUGAUACUAUCGUACCAGAUUAUAAACCAUCAUCUACACCAAGCACUCCAUCUAAACCGCAAACUGCUCCAAGCACACCGUCCAAAACACCAAUCACUCCAAGCACACCGUCCAAAACACCAAUCACUCCAAACACACCAUCAAAUGAGUUUGAUAAUUACGUUGCGGCAACUUCUUUAAAAGAUAGGUUGGCACAUUCAAACAAAUCUAAUUCAAGUUUAAAAAGUAUUGGAGGCAAAAAUAGUAGAUCAAUUACACCUUCGUUAUCCAUGGGUGGUGGUCAAAGUGAUUCAAAUAGUAUAACAAAUCAAACUGAUGAAGAUGAUGAAAUGAAACAAGAAGAAAUUUCUUUAAUAAAUGUUGGAGAGUUACUUAAUGACUUUGAUUGGAAAGGAAGUGGAAAUGCUGAAGCCUUGGAAGAAAGAUUAUUAAAUGAAUUGGCUGCAUUGGAAUCUGCAAAUAUACAUGCAAUGAUAGAAUCAGAUGAUAGAAUUUAUGCAGUUAUUGAACAAAUUGAUUAUGCUAUUUCAGAAUUGGAUAAUAUGGAUCAAUGGCUAACAUUAUAUACAGAUGAAUUGAAUGUAAAGAAAAAAUCAAGUAUGGGUGAUGAUAUUCAUCAUAUUGAAGGUCAAAAUAGAGGCUUACAAGUACAAACUGCUAAUCAAAAGGCUUUACUCUCUGAACUUGACAGACUUCUUCAAUCCAUAACUAUAUCUGAUAAAGUGAUCAAAAUAUUAAAACAUGAAUCGAUGGAUACACCUCAAGGUGUACAAAAUAUCGAACAAGCCGCUACACACUUAAAACGCGUAUUAGAAACUCCAUUUGAUGAUGCAACUAAAGACAUGGCAGCUGUAAAAGAAUUAAUGAAAUCCUAUGAAUAUCAUUGUAAUAAUUUUUGUUCUCGUUUUUAUGAAUAUAUGAGAGUUAUGUUUCAAUAUCAGGCAGAGACUUUGCUAAAUGAUAAAAGUAGAGGACCACGACACAAUAAUCUCACUAUCCAAAGUCAUCAGGCAAUAGAAGAACAUUUAUUAAAAUAUCGUGGAAUUUCCUUAUGGAUGAAACAAAUGGAUCCUAGACGUCAUACUGAAAUUCAAACAUUAUAUGUGCUUUCUAAAGAACCUGUUUACAAAAAAGAAACCAAAGAAUAUUUAACAACAAUGAAGCAAUUAUUAUUCAAAAGAGAAUUAUCUGAAGAAGCAACUUAUGUGUUUAGUGCAGCAUUACUUCAAAAUAAUCGCACCAGUACGAAUUUUGGAAAUUGGUUGUCAAUAGAUAAUUCAAGGGCACCGUGGGAGUUUAAAGAUGGAGGUGGUGGAAAACUUCCACCUGAAGAAUCAUUUGAUCAUUCUUUACAAACAAUAAUUCCUUUGAUUAUUACCGAGAAAAAUUUUAUAGAAGAUUUUUUUCAUCUUGGAACUAAAAAACCACUUCCAAAAAAUCCACUUGAUGGUGACGCUGAUAUCGAAGAUAUUAAACUUUAUAAAAGAUUAUUUGAACAUAUGGAAAGGUUAUAUAACUUUAUGCCAGAUGAAUUAAAUUCAUUUAUCGAAUAUGGUUGCAAAUAUGAUAAAAUUCAAGUAGUUGGUAUGAUUGUAUCAUUAGAGAAAUUUAUGUAUGAAAGUGAUAAAAUCAGACAAGAUUUUGUUGUCAAAAUGUUGGGACACGUUAGAAUUUAUGCUCUUGGGAUUUUUGAAAAAUUUAUUAACGAACAACUUCGAUCAAUUGAAGAAACCAAAGUAACUUCCAAAAAACGUAAAGGAAUAGUAUUAUUUAUUCGUAUAUUUCCACGUUUUGUUGAAAGAAUUGAACACUCAAUGACAGGUUCCGAAAAUUUAGAGAUACGACAAAUUAUUAAUAGAGCAUAUGAAGAGAUUGUGAAAACAAUGUUUGAUUGUCUUGAAGCAAUUGCUAAAGAUACAGAAUCUAUAGAUAAAGAACAAUUGAAUGCUCAUAUAGUAACUUUAGAAAACAUGCACCACUUUUAUACUGAAAUACGUACUCGUAAGAUUCAUGUGCUUGAUCCUUUCAUGAGAUAUGCUAGAAACUCUUAUGAUAAACAUCUUGAAGCUUAUGCUAAAGCUGUUAUCAGGAGACCUUUAUUAAGAACAACCGCAGCACCUGAGGAAGUAGGAUUUAGAUUACAAUAUAGUAAAGCCGCAUUGAAAAAAGUAAUAUCACAAUUACCUGGAAAAGAGAUCAGGAAAAGCCUUGAAUCAUUGUAUAAGCGUGUUGAUAAACAUUUUACAGAAUAUGAUGAAUUAUUACAAGUUGUAUGGCGUAGUAUAGAAGAAGAAGUAAUCCGUACUUAUGAAAGAUUUACAUUAACCAUCAAUAAAUGUUAUCCUGAUUCAAACAUCACUUUGGAAUUUUCAAUGGAUGAUUUAUUAACUUAUUUUUCUGAUAUAGCAAAAAAUCAUUAA